AUGUGGAGAUGUUUGCUGGCUCUGUGCAUUCUGGAAUCUCAAGGACGUUUCCAAAGCCUGCGUGCGGAUCUGCUGGAACCCAAGUGCCUGCUGGCAGCACCAGGGCUGUCGGCAGCCAUCCACCGCUUCCUUGGCAAGCUUGACCGCAGCGCGCCCCAUGCCACUGCGCCUGCUUCGGCCACUGAGCGCGUGCAGGUGGAGGCUGGCGAGGCGGCUCUUGCCGAGGCUGCCGCAAGGGCGGGCUGCAAUCUGGCGAGCCUGGAAGCGAGGAAGCACAAAAGCGCCGUCUCCUCCGCAUCCCGCAGCCUGAUCAGCUUGGUGGACUCCCUCGGGGACCUGCGCCUGAUGCCGUCGAGUAGAGGAGAAGCAGCGCAGGGGGCUACGAACACCACCUUCUUCUACGAAAGCGUGGACCAGGAAUCGGGCCGCAUCGGCACCGGCAUGCUUGGGCAGGGCUGUGGUGACAGGAGCGUUUCUGCGGUGGCCAUCACAGUCACACAAGAGCCACAAGAGCCCCCCUUCCUGUGGACCAACCUGACCGGCGCGAGCAUGAGCUUCAAGGUUGGUCCGCCCUGCGCCGGCACCUACCUGAUCUCGGGCAAGAUGUGGCCUACGAAAGCGACGGCCGAGGGGAUCUCGGGCAAGAUCCGCGCGGGCUUCGUGAACCUGCGGUCCACCAUGACUGGCACCUGGAGUACAGGGCCCUCGGGCCUGGAUGGGAACCUGACGGUGGCUUUUCAAGAGCUUUUGGACGUGGAGUGGACCUUGAAGCCGGAGCCCUGA